CCGGGGGAAGGGAAAGGGCAGCAGAGCGCUGGUCCGAGCGCGAAGCAGAGGGGGCGCAGGCAGUGCUGGGCGCGGACUGCGAGCAGAGGGGCUGGCGGAGAGCCUUGGGGCGCAGUGAGGGGCACCCGCGAGCCCAGGGCGAAGAGUCCAACAAACAGACUGCGCUCCUGUGGCCUUACAUAUGGGCAGCAGGACUACAGGAUAGUAUCCCUAAAUAAAGAGAGACUACAGGGCUGAUCAGAAAGGAUGAGAAACAAGAAAGAUACUCUUUAUUUCUGAAAGAGCACUACCUUAGGUAAAAGAGUUGGAACCAGUUCAGUGAACACUGAGUGCUUGGCCCGUGAAAAAUCCGAAGUGGCCAUUUUUACUGGAGACCACCAAGGGAAGGAGAGCUAAGGUAGUCCUCUCACUGUGGAAGACAGCAUAGCCUUGCUGACCAGGAGCAUGUGGCUGCUGAUAACCCUUAUCAGUAACAAGAGGACAGCCUCACAUUGCCUCACAUAACAUCCUGCAAUCCUUCCCCCACCUUCCCUGUUGCUAUGGAGACCACCAAUGGGGCUGAGACCUGGCAUGAGAGCCUGCACGCUGUGCUGAAGGCUUUAAAUGCCACUCUUCACAGCAACUUGCUCUGCCGGCCAGGGCCAGACAACCUGACUGAGGAGAAGCGGGCCAGCCUGCCUGGCCGCAAUGAUAACUCCUACAUGUACAUCCUCUUCGUCAUGUUCCUCUUUGCUGCUACUGUGGGCAGUCUCAUCCUCGGAUACACCCGCUCCCGCAAAGUGGACAAGCGCAGUGACCCCUAUCAUGUGUACAUCAAGAACCGUGUGUCUAUGCUCUGAUGCUAAGAGGCCGGGGAUGGCAGAAGAUCAAGAUACCCAAGGAUUAUCUUCUGGGGCCUCCAGAACUCAUCUAUGGGCCAUAUCCAGCCUGUGUGUCCUUAUCUGUAAGAUUAACAAGAAACAGUGCUAUGGGAGGUCAUUGUCAGGGUGGGAAGAGAAGAUCUGGCGGACCUGGGCCUUGUGGAUAAGGAUUUUUUUCCAGCAAAGAUAGACUUUCUAGCCUUUGGGAGCCCUAUGAACAAAUACAUACACACAGCAACAUAUAAUAAAAAAUGAGUGGCCUAGUGGCCAGAGUGUUGGGGUAUAGGGGUUCAAGGAAGGAGAACAGGAAGUCAUAGCAAGGAGAAAUGAGAUAGGAAAAUACCCUGUUCAGUUCAGUUCAGUCGUUCAGUCGUGUCCGACUCUUUGUAACCCCAUGAAUUGCAGCACGCCAGGCCUCCCUGUCCAUCACCAACUCCCGGAGUUCACUCAAACUCAGGUCCAUAGAGU